UGCGAGAUACCCAGUGAAUGGUAGUAUACAGUAGUGAAGAGUGACAACCUGAUAACAGUAGCCCAGCUCACUGUUACCCUGUGACAUCUGAUGCAUUUAUUAUGGAGGGCAUGAGGUGCUGGUGUAUCCUGGGAGCCGUGGUCAUCUUCGUCGCCCAAGCCUUAGUUCAAGUCCCCGUCGGAGAUAUAAGGAAAACGGGGGAUGAUGUGGAGGUGGUCGCUGAGGAGGAUGAAGACACUGAGGGGGAGGUGGGCGAGGCAAAGGAACUCCUGCUCGACAACAACGGCGACGUGGAGGAGCCCGGCGACCACUGCAGCAGGUACUCCCCUCAGGAGGUCUUUCACACAGACAUCCAUCCUCGCCUCGUUAACAUCCUCGAUGAGCUGAGCCACUUCGUGGAGUCGGUCUUGAGUCGGAUCGAGUCAGCUUUAUACACACUCAUACCCCAUGUUAGCGAAUCACCUAUAGGGGAGACGAGCGUGGAGGAACUGUUCCCCGAGAUGAGACGCUUCAUGUUUGGUACGAUGAGGUCCGUGUAUGACGUCAUCAAGACAGCGUGGAAGGACACCAUCACCAGCCACGUGCAAGGCCACGCCACUCCUCUCUACACCCUCACCUCGCUAUCCGUUCUGAAGGAGGCGCAGCAUCAGGGGCAGGAGAAGCUGGUGAUAAGUCUACGAGAGAUGUCCAUCACACUCAAGGCUGUAGUGUUUAAUAGUAUCCACGUGAUCCAAACAUCACUCAAGUUACCUAACGACACGGACGAGCAUGAAGCAGCACUGGCCAUUAACAAGAAGGUUCCUAAGAUCGCUCCAAAUUUCCUGGGAUCGCUGAUAUCAAUGAUCCUGAAGCGUGGGAGUGAUCCGUCUGGCUACAAAAAGAUCCUCAAAGAGCCGCUAAGGUCCAUCAUCCCGUUUGUUGAUAAGAUGUACAGUUCCCUGGAAGACUUCAUUAGGUUAGGAGGCGAGGCAGUGGAUAUGGGGGACUUCUGGAUAAACAUGACGCAGGCCUCCCACCACCACCUACAGGAGUCGCCAAUCCUCGAGGAGGACUACGAGGCCAUCUACCAGAACGAGGAAUACCUGACAGAGUUGGUACUAGAGCUGCUCGCCUCCUUCUGAAGUAAUACUACAUAACACAAAUAUGUGCCUCGUUAUACUCAACAUUGUUGGAACAUGAACUAUGAAAAUACUGCAAUGCCUUCAUCUCAUGGUAUUCUAAACUUAUGAAAAAUUUUUAACACUUACACUGAACUUAAUAACUAAAUGUUACAAUGAACGUCUCUACCAAAAAUAAAUGAAUGGUUGAGUUACA